CAUGAGUGCCGCGUGCGGAGACGCCAAGUUCAGUCUGAAGCCCGGGCCCGGGAUCCCCCUUCCCCAAAACUGCCCGAGCUAAAACACCAGCUCCUGGAGCGGCAGGCGGGCUGGAGCCUCGGCUCGCACAGGCCUUGUCUACACGAGACAGCCGGAGCGGUGUCAGGGGAGCGGGGGCAGGUGUGGCUGGCGGGUUACAUCCAGCCAGGGGACUCAGGGCGCCUUGGUCCCAGGAUCUGGGCUGGGGGGCGGGUGUAAAAAUCUGUUAUUGGACCAGCAGAGAGAGACCUGCGAGUUCGACCCCCGCCGCUUAGCGAAAGGGGUGAAUGUAAACGGGGUUUCUUACCUAGGCGCUGGGAGGCCCCAGGAGACACUUUUCACCCAACCAGGUUUUGAGCUUUGCCAAAGGAAGCGGGUCAGUUCGAGCCGCCCCUGGAGCGCGUUGGUCGGUUCGGUUUGGUUUAAAAGAGGGGGGAAGACGCUGAAAAUCGAAGCGAAACGCUUUGUUCAGCCGGAAACCAGUUUGAUUCUGGCUCCCGGAUUCACAAAAACGACAAAUGAUUUUUCUUUGCCAGAGAACCACAAACAUCUAUAACGUGCUCAGUUCUGGGGCGCGGGUGUCCGGCUCAGAGCUGGGUAGAUCAGGUUUAGCACUUGGCAGUCGGUUUGACCCAAACCAACAUAUACGGAAGUGGAGCCGUUCACACUGCAUUUAGCACCCAGUGUAGCUAAUCCGGUUUAAAGGGCUGGGUUGCAGAUGUGUGGAUAAAAGAGGCUACAGGCUUUCAGUCCAGCUGCUGAACGGAGCAGCCCACGCCCCCAUCGCUCCGGGAGUCUCGGGGCCUGGUGGCCAGGGACCGUGCCUCAGUUUCCCUGUCUUAAAAAACAUGGUGUGAUCAGGAGCAGCGUGGAGGGGAAGGAAGGAUACCGGCCUGGUCCAGGCCAUCAGGGAAGGGGGGGAUACCGGGCUGGGGGCGUUCAGGGAGGGGCCAGGAACCAGGCCCCCUCCUUGGUCUCACCCCACCUGUAUUGUCCCCGCAGAUGAGUCCUGGCCGCAGCCGGAGGCGCCGCACCGCGCCUGGAAGAUGAUGGAGAAGCUGAGGACUCCCCCGUCCCCCUGCAGCCCCCUGCCCCCUCCGUCACCCCCUGCCAGCCACUCGCCCGCUAGCCACUCCCCAGCCCCCCCGCCCCCUACCCCGCCCCCGGCCCCCAAGGGGAGCCCGCCCCCCCCAGCCCCUGCCCCGCUGCCCCCCGACGUCCCCGUCAUCAGCCUGGGUCACAGCAAGCGCCCGCCCCACCCCGAUGUGCCCACCACCGAGCUGACGGCCCUGCACCCCAUCCCCUCCCUGGUGCAGCUCUCAGCCCUGCCCCCUGCACCCACCCCGGCCCCCCUGCCGCUCGCCGGCCUGCAGAGCCCGCUCCUGCCCCCGCAGUACCACCCCCACCACUUCCUCAACAGCGUCUACAUUGGCACCUCCGGCUCCCUCAGCCUCUUCCCCAGCAGCCGCCUCAGGCGCCGGCCCAGCCACCUGGAGCACGAGCUCAUGGAUGGGCACCAGCCCCACAAGGUCGCCCGCCGCGUGUUCACCAACAGCCGGGAGCGCUGGCGGCAGCAGAACGUGAACGGGGCCUUCGCGGAGCUGCGGAAGCUGAUUCCGACCCACCCCCCCGACAAGAAACUGAGCAAGAACGAGAUCCUGCGCCUGGCCAUGAAAUACAUCAACUUCCUGGGGCAGCUGCUGCGGGACCAGGCCUCGGACCUGGCCCCGGCCCCCGCCCCCGCCCCCGAGCCCGCCUCGGCCCCACGGCCCGGGCCCGGCCCCGAGCCCCCCGCCCCGCCGCCCGCCCCCCGCCCCAUCAAACGGGAGCGCAGGACUCUGCUGGGGGCCACGGCCGCGGGGGAGGCCCGGUGAUGAUUGCCCCCCCCCCGGAUUUGGGGGGUGAUUCUGGACUGGGAGGGGGCGGCCCCCCACAUUGCAAGGGGGGGCUCCGGGAUCCGCCCGCCCCGCUGUGUCGAAGGAGGCUGGGACCUUGGCGGAGUCGCCCAUGUGAUGAAGUUCGUCCGGUCUCAGCUGCUCCUGGCCCCCGAGGAGACGUGUCGGCGCUGGGUGGGAAACGGUAGGGGGGCUGAGGUGAAGGGAGGAGCGCCCCAGCUAGCCCCAGAGACCCCCCACAUGCCCCCCAUUGGCAAAGAGCCCCCCCAUCCUGAAGUGGACUGGUCUGUGUUUUAACCCCUUCGGGGUGCGGCUAAGCCCCCCCCCCGUGCCCAGAGGGCGCAGGAGCGAGCAGCGCUGGGGUGGGAGACACCCCCCCCGAGGACUUUGGGGUGCCCCCUGCCCCGUGUCUGGGGGGGGUCCUGCCCUGCUCUGGGGGAGGGGAGUCGGGAGGUUUUUAAUUUAACCCUGUCGGGGCUGUAGCCACGCGGCCCGCGAAAGAAACACGAAGUGCGCACA